CCUCGACCAUUCCGCCCCCCAAACCCUAACCCUCUUUCCCUCCUUCCCCUCCGGCGCCGCCACCCCGCGUCGCCGCUGCCGCCGCUGAGAUGGGCCGCGUGAUCCGCGCGCAGCGUAAGGGUGCGGGGAGCGUGUUCAAGUCCCACACCCACCACCGCAAGGGCCCCGCCCGGUUCCGGUCCCUCGACUUCGGCGAGCGCAAUGGUUACCUCAAGGGCGUCGUCACCGACGUCAUCCACGACCCGGGCCGCGGCGCGCCGCUGGCCAAGGUCACCUUCCGCCACCCGUUCCGCUACAAGCACCAGAAGGAGCUCUUCGUCGCCGCCGAGGGCAUCUACACGGGCCAGUUCAUCUACUGCGGGCGCCGCGCCACGCUCUCCAUCGGCAACGUGCUGCCGCUCAGGGGGAUCCCCGAGGGUGCCGUCGUCUGCAACGUCGAGCACCACGUCGGGGACCGCGGCGUCUUCGCCAGGGCGUCCGGGGACUACGCCAUCGUCAUCAGCCACAACCCGGACAACGGGACAUCAAGGAUCAAGCUCCCCUCUGGUGCUAAGAAGAUUGUCCCGAGCAGCUGCCGUGCCAUGAUUGGGCAGGUUGCUGGUGGUGGCAGGACUGAGAAGCCAAUGCUCAAGGCUGGCAAUGCCUACCACAAGUACCGCGUGAAGAGGAACUGCUGGCCUAAGGUGCGUGGUGUGGCCAUGAACCCUGUUGAGCAUCCUCACGGAGGAGGUAACCACCAGCACAUUGGUCAUGCCUCCACCGUCCGCCGUGACGCUCCUCCUGGCCAGAAGGUUGGUCUAAUUGCUGCAAGGAGAACUGGUCGUCUUAGAGGCCAAGCUGCUGCUACUGCUGCCAAGUCUGAUAAGGCCACUUAAAUCAGUUAGUUUUGCCAUAUGGAGCAUAAUCUACCUUAUAGAUUAAAACAUGAUUUCCUGCAUGGAUUUUGUGUCAUUUUGAUGAGACUGUGGGCAUUUAUCAGUUUUGUGGCUACUGUUGAGAUUUUUGGUUCUAUAUAAACAAGUUGCAGUGUAUGUUAUUGUGUUUUAUGCUAGUGCUCUCACCGAUAUUUCUUGAA